GAUUCCAACAGUGAGAUAUACUGAAAGACCAAAUUGUUCGGUUCCUGUGGUUUCUUCCGGCAAUAACCACAACUGCAAAAACAUGAAGUUCGGGAAGGAAUUCGCAUCUCAGAUGGUGCCGGAAUGGCAGGAAGCUUACAUGGAUUAUGACUUUCUCAAGACACUUUUAAAAGAAAUCCAUGGCUUCAAGCAAAGGACGAGACCGCCGGCCACCCCUGGUGGUCUCAAGCGAAAGAUGACACUGUACAGAGCUUUCAGUGGUCUGCUCCAAAGGCACAACAACAACCAGCAGCCCACCACUCCUUCCUCACCGGACAUCGAAGAUCAACGGCCUAUCUUGGUGAACUCCGUCGACCGUGAUGGUUCCCGGAGUUACGAAACGACUUUCCUUAUGCAAGCAGACGAAGGGGGAGAAUACGAGCUGGUGUUCUUUAGGAGGCUCGAUGACGAGUUCAAUAAGGUGGAUAAGUUCUAUAGGUCCAAGGUGGAGGAGGUGACAAAAGAGGCUGAGAUCUUGAACAAGCAAAUGGAUGCUCUGAUUGCCUUCAGAAUCAAAGUGGAGAAUCCUAAGGGAUGGUCGUGGGAAGACAGGUCCGGCGAAAUGACCCGUCUCGCCUCCGAGGUCGCUUCCUCCACCGCCGCCUUGGCUGCUUCGACUCCUGCUGGUGCCAGGGCAAGUAGGAGAGCUGAGCACAUGGAGGUUAUAGAAGAAGGGCCGAGCGUUCAUGAAGAUUCAGAUGAAGAUAAAGAAAACAAAGCUGAAGUUCAAAAGGCAGUGGCCAAUGAACUUAAGGGUCGUAAACCAGCUCCAUUACAUAUUCUAAACCGUGUCAAAAUGAACAACACCCUUGCGACCCCUCGAUCAACCAUUAAAGGUGUUCUAAACGUACCUAAGCACACUGAGCUGAAGUUUAAUAGGGAAAAUCUUAAGAAAGUUGAGCACCAACUUAAGCGGGCUUUUGUUGAAUUCUACCAAAAACUGCGACUUCUAAAGAGUUUUAGCUUCUUAAACACAUUAGCCUUCUCAAAAAUCAUGAAGAAAUAUGACAAGAUCACUUCAAGGUGCGCUGCAAAGCCAUACAUGAACAUGGUAGAUAAUUCUUACCUAGGUAGCUCCGAAGAGGUUACCAAACUUAUGGAGAGAGUUGAAGCUACGUUCAUCAAGCAUUUCGCAAACUCGAACCGCAGCAAAGGGAUGAGUAUUUUAAGACCAAAAGCUAGGAAACAAAGACAUAGAAUUACAUUCGCUACUGGUUUCUUUGCUGGAUGCACAUUUGCUCUCAUAGUGGCACUUAUAUUGAUCAUUCGUGCCCGAAAUAUCUUGGGUCAAGAUGGAAGGAACCAGUACAUGGAAACCAUGUUCCCUCUUUACAGUUUAUUUGGAUUCGUCGUUCUACAUAUGGUAAUGUAUGCCGCGAAUGUAUACUUUUGGAGACGGUAUAGGGUCAAUUACGCCUUCAUAUUUGGUUUCAAGCAAGGAACAGAACUAGGCUACAGAGAAGUUCUGCUUGUAAGUUUUGGUCUUGCAGCACUGGCACUAGCUAGUGUGCUCUCAAAUCUUGAUAUGCAGAUGGAUCCCAAAACAAUGGAUUAUCAAGCAUUCACCGAAAUCCUCCCUUUGAUCCUCGUUGUGCUUGUGUUUAUCAUACUGUUCUUGCCAUUCAACAUCUUAUAUCGAUCGAGUCGUUACUUCUUCCUCACAUGUUUGUUCCAUUGUAUCUGCGCCCCUCUCUACAAGGUCACACUACCCGAUUUCUUCCUGGCAGAUCAGUUAACUAGCCAGGUGCAAGCAUUCCGGAGCCUCGAAUUCUAUAUUUGCUACUACGGAUGGGGAGACUUCAGACACAGGCAAAACAGCUGCAAAACCAACGCCGUAUUCAACACUUUUAGCUUCAUCAUCGCUGUGAUCCCGUACUGGUCUCGCCUCCUUCAAUGCCUACGGCGCUUGUUCGAAGAGAAGAACCCCGAACAAGGGUACAACGGGCUGAAAUAUUUCGUCACGAUCGUCGCCCUCUGUUUGAGAUCCGCUUACAGCCUCAACAAGGGGUUAGGUUGGGGAAUAUCAGCUGUGGUUUUCUCGAUUGCAGCGGCAAUCUUCGGUACUUAUUGGGACCUUAUCCACGACUGGGGACUCCUGAAACGGCAUUCGAAGAACCGCUGGCUCAGAGACAAACUCCUUAUCCCUAACAAAAGCGUGUACUUUGGUGCCAUGAUUCUGGAUGUUUUGCUGAGAUUUGCAUGGCUGCAGACGGUGUUCAAUUUCAACUUGUUUGAUCUGCAUAGACAAACGUUGGUGACCAUAGUGUCUAGCCUGGAGAUCAUCCGGCGCGGCAUGUGGAAUUUCUUCCGGUUAGAGAACGAGCAUUUGAACAACGUGGGCAAGUACCGUGCAUUCAAAUCGGUGCCCUUACCUUUCAACUACCAUGAAGACGAAGAUAAAGAUGAAUAGGAUGUUCAAAUUUCAACAACCACAAUAAAUAUGUGAAAACAAAGGGGGAAAAAAGCUGUAAUUAUUAUUAUUUGAUUCUUUCUUCGUGAGAUGCUGUUUAUCUUACAGUUUUUGAA